GUACCAUGAACGUUUCACACUCAAAUAGCUCAAAGUCCAUAAACCAGAAAGCGACGGUUGCAGCGCUGGAGAAGUGAAAGUAACAGAGACAAGUUCACAUUAAAAGAAAGAAUAAGAUACAAGGACAAACCGCUGAAUUCUGCACGGGCUUAUUUCAGCUUUUGCACGCGCGCAGCUGGUAUGUUGUGUUUCCUGUUUCUGAAGUUCACUCGAGUCUCGCUUUAAAUGCUUUGGAUCCGGUGACAGCUUCGACACAAACACAGCAAGAGACGCGACAGACAUGGAGAAUGGGAAGAGCCGCCUGGAGCAGACCCAGGAGGAGGUGGAGGAGGUGAAGGUCAUCAUGCUGGACAACCUGAAUAAGGCUGAAGAGAGAUCUGGCAAACUUGGCGAACUGGAGGAUAGAGCUGAUGUGCUUCUGGAAAAGAGUAAAGCUUUUCAAAAGACCUCCAACCAGGUGAAGCAGCAGAAAAGAUGGGAAAACAAGAAGAUGAAAGUGGUGUUCAUUGCCAUCGGUGUGGUAGCAGCACUUGUCAUUAUUGGACUUAUAAUCUUUGCCAGUGUCGGACAGUAGCUCCUUUGCAGAUGAAAAAAAUUGGAAUUGGACCUGAGGGACAGGAAGUGGACAAAGAUAAAAGAGGAGUCAAACUCUGGGACUCCUGCAUCUUGCCUGAACUGCUCAGUCUGUGAUAUUUCUGGGUUUAAAGAUAUUUAUAGGAGUAUACAUUUGUGUCUUCAAUUAAUAUGGUACCAUUGAUUGCUCAGCUGCCUCUUAACUUCUUUUAUAACUUUUCAGCCCUGUCUCUGUCUGGCACACAUUUACACUGACAGACCCACAAGUUUACAUGUUGGUUGAAAGUCUUUGACGUCCAUUGAACUGAGUAAAACCUGUCCACUACCCUCCCUGCAGAAACUCACAAUCAUAAAGGUUUGUUAUAAUCUGAUCUAAAUAAAAAGUGAUCUGGCAUCACAUCACCUCUUACAGGAAAACUAUGAAUUGCUAAUAUUUUAAACAAACAUCAUUAGGUUGCUACUAUUAGACUAUUUGUUUGUACAUAGUGGUUCACAUUGCAGAGCACUCAGAGGAGCAGAAAAUUGCCAUCCCUGAACCGAAGACAGAAUCCAAGUCACUGACGAGUCAGUUGUUGAUUUGGUGAGUGACGAGCAGACGGAGGAGAAAACAGAACAGAUGCCAAAUUUGGUAAAUAUGUAGAUAGCUUCAAAGAAUGAACUGAUGUAACAUAAAAUUUCAGCUGUAAAAAAUGAAAUGUUCUCAAAGUUACCUGCAUAAUUAAAAUGUGUUAUGACGUUA